AUGGGGCCUCGUCCAGCUGGUGACCGGGUUGACCGUGGCUCUUACAACUUCCCAGUCUGUCGUGCGGUCCCCGGCCGCGGCGAUCGUAAUAGCCUAGCAUACUCGUUCCAGUCUCGCGUCGGGGAAUCAUUUGCCGAUACUAGGGCCACAGGGCCACUGGCAGCGAUGUGUUGGGUGAAUGUGUUGAACGCGAUUGAUAUGCUGGUGUUGAGUCGGGUGUCCUAUGAGGCGCAGGUAGAGUGGGAGGCCAAAAGAUCUAGCGGCACAGCUGCCAAGAAAGCGAAUUCGGACUCUCUCAAGUCAAGUCUUUUCCGACGACUUCUCUGGUCGCAAAACAUAGCGUUCAACUACCGCCGCAUCAACACGCCGUGGCAGAUUUCGCGACUCCCCGUGUUCGAUAGGGCCAAUCCACAGUAUGUCCCGUCCCGUCUAAAGUUUGUGCUGCAGAGCAGUGUGAAAAUCUGCAUCGCGUUCCUACUGGUCCACCUCUGCACCAUGGACCCGAAAGACCCUCGUCUGGCGGGUGCUAUCGCGGAACUAUCGGAUAGCAAGCUGGUUCUGGCCCCGUGGGUGCACGGCACGUCGGCACGAACAAUGCUCACGCAGGCGAUGACCACCAUCUCGUUCGGGAUCGUGUGCAGGUCGUCCAUCGUAGGAAUGUACAGCCUGGCCGGCGUAGUGUUAGUAGCCCUAGGAAUCCACGACCCCGUCGACUGGCCACCCGUGGCCAAUUCGCUGACGGAAGCGUGGUCCUUAACACGACUAUGGGGUACGGCAUGGCACCAAGUCUUCCGCACGCUUCUUGUCUCCAACGCGGACUUCAUCUCCUUCUCGGUGCUACGCAUCCCCGCUAAGUCGCGGUGGGCCUGCUACCCCCGUGUGCUGUUCGCUUUCACCGUGUCCGGAUUCGUCCACAUGGGAAUGGAUCUCGCGUUCGGCGUCCCCCGGGAUAAAACUGGGGCGGUGUGGUUCUUCUGUCUCCAGGCGCUUGGCGUUAUGUGGGAGAGUGUUGUCUAUUCCCUGUUUGGUGCGCGGAUUGAGAGAUUGAACCCUCUGGUUAGGCGUGUGCUGGGAUACCUGUGGGUGGGACUGUUCCUCCUAUGGGCGACGCCGGUGUGGUUGAAUCCCAUCAUGCUUUGUUUGUACAAGGACGGCCAGCCGGCCAUGUCGCCGGUCCCGAUCAUUGGAGGUCUGCCGUUGUAA